AUGUGGAUUAAGUUGUAUUUCGCGCUUUCAUCAAUUUUUUUCUUUUCAGUCAACUCUUCUAGAGUUUUGUUUGAAGUCUCUUUGGAUGAAGCAAUUCGCUAUGCUUCUGGAGAUCCAAUUGAAAAGUGGUUACAUGAUCUCCUUUGUCUAGAUUGCGGUAAUAACCUUCUAUCCUCUCCUAUAACAACUAUUGGCGACAGAUAUCCACCUCCAGAUCGCUGCCAACUUUUUUAUAUCAAUAGAGACACUCUUUUUGCCUACCACAAAUCAACUGAGGCAUUUCUUCAUCGUCUUAUGGGAUUAUACGUCGCAUCCCAUUACAAAAAUUCACCUAAUGACUUACAAAUGCUUUCCGAUGCGCCUGCCCAUCACAUUUUUGCACUUUUGACUCCUUAUGAUCCUCAUUCUGGUCGGGUACCGGUUAUACUUUGUGUCCUACAAGUAUGUCUUGAAGGUAAAAUAAAUCAAGAUAUUGUGAUGCGAGGUCUCUCGAGAGGUAUACGUGAGUCAGGGGAUUUGAUACCCUGGACAGUUAGUCAGCAGUUUUGUGAAGCCAAGUUUGGCGAGCUUUCCGGUGCCCGUAUCAUUCGAAUAGCGGUCCAUCCAGAUUAUCAAAACCUUGGCUAUGGUUCCCGUGCCUUGAAAUUGCUUCGUGGCUACUAUGCUGGAAAAGUGGUUCGUUAUUUGUUUUCUCGCUUUUUAUAA